AUGGACGAUCUUCCCUUACAGAAAAUUACAAUAUCAGGCCCCACAUUAUCCGCCUUGAUGCACCGGAUCACCACUUCCCUCGGCGACGUGGACGGUCUCUUAUUCGGCCACGUAACCCAACUUACCCCUUCUACCCUCACCGACGAUAACACUCCCCAAAACCCCGAUUCUAACCUUAUCGCCACGAUUACCUCCUUCUUUUGCCCAAAUUCCCCUCUCUCCUUCUACGACUCAAUCGGCCGAGUCGACUCCGUCCCUCUCCACCGAUUCCUCUCGUCAACAGCAAUUCACCAAAGGAAUAGUAGCAGUAGCAGUAGUAAUUUCCUCGGUUGGUUCUCCGCGAGAAGGAAAUCCCCAAUUCGCCCUUCGAUGAGGGAAUUUUUUGUUUCGCAAUCUUUGAACACGCUUAAAACGGUGGAGAAUGGUGAAAAAGGUUUGAAUCCUUGCGUUUUUUUGUUAUUUACGACGCCUGUACAAGGCGAGUUGUUAUAUCAUACGCAUGAGUAUCGCGCGUAUCAAUUUCGAAUUAAUUCAAGAUGCUUUGAGCCAAAAACGAUUGGAAUUGAUAAUAUUGGCCCGGAUUUUCGAGGGAAUUAUGGGUGUUUUAGCCCUAAUUCUCCAUUUCCGGAGUUGAAUUGUGAGUUGAGAGGUAUAUCGGUGAUGAAUGAGGACAGGAAUGAUGAAGUGGGGAAGAGUUUGGGCGGGGUGAAGAAGAUUUCGAGGGAUCAAAAAGAAUUGGGUAUGAUUGCGGAGGGGUUUGAUGUUGGGGAUUUGGGGAAGUUGAUGGGAUCGGAGACGGGGAAUAAUACAAUGGGGUUAGAACAUUUGUAUGAGAAAAUGUUGGUUAAGCUUGACAAUUUGGCUAGGCAAGUUGAGAAGAGCAAUGCUAAGGUUUUGGAGAUGUUUGAAUCUAAGCGUCGGAAAGCCUGUCUGAAUGGUUCUCAGGAAUCACUUUAUUCAGUCGCAGCUUUGCUCCUGAUAUCUUAUAGCAUGCCUUCGGCUUUGCGCCAAUAUAGACUGCUUUGA